AUGGGACGGCAACCGUUUUGAAGCGACAGUAGUUGCCUUGUGGACAGUCACUUUCAUCAUGGAACACUUUUCAUCAGGGGAGUAAUGAAGAGAAACAUAUAUCAAAGUCCACUGUGAGAUAAAGAGGCAACAGCCAACACCUUUUGGGCAGUCAUGAGUCAAACGCCAGCAACAGAGCCACCAAGCAACAGGCCAGAAGUGAAGAGCUUUGUAAUUGGAGUUCCUGACAUCAUUGUUGUCAUCAUUUAUUUCAUCUUUGUCCUUGCUGUUGGAAUAUGGUCUUCUCUGAGAGCCAGUCGGGGAACAAUAGGAGGCUAUUUCUUGGCUGGAAGAUCCAUGACAUGGUGGCCUAUCGGGGCAUCUCUGAUGUCAAGCAAUGUGGGAAGUGGUCUAUUUAUUGGCCUAGCAGGAACAGGAGCAGCAGGAGGCCUUGCUGUUGGAGGCUUUGAAUGGAAUGCUACCUGGGCAUUGCUGGUCCUUGGCUGGGUCUUUGUCCCAGUUUACAUCUCUUCAGGUGUAAUCACCAUGCCAGAAUACCUGAGGAAAAGAUUUGGAGGACAAAGGAUUCAAAUCUACCUAUCUGUAUUGUCUCUCAUUCUGUAUAUAUUCACCAAGAUAUCAACAGAUAUUUUCUCUGGUGCACUUUUUAUCCAGGUUUCUCUGGGUUGGAACCUUUACCUCUCUACAGUGCUCUUAUUAGCAGUGACAGCCAUCUAUACAAUAGCUGGUGGUUUAACUGCUGUGAUAUACACAGAUGCCCUGCAGACUGUGAUCAUGGUGCUUGGAGCUUUGGUUCUCAUGUUUAUAGGUUUUGAGAAAGUUGGGUGGUAUGAAGGACUGCAAGAAAAGUACAGGACUGCAAUUCCGAGUGUCAUUGUCCCGAACACUACCUGUCAUUUGCCACGCCAAGAUGCCUUCCACAUGCUCAGGGAUCCUGUCACUGGGGAUAUUCCAUGGCCUGGGCUUAUAUUUGGCCUCUCAGUGCUUGCUCUUUGGUGUUGGUGCACAGACCAGGUAAUAGUGCAAAGGUCUCUCUCUGCCAAGAGCCUCUCUCAUGCGAAAGGUGGAUCAGUGCUGGGUGGCUAUUUGAAAAUCUUCCCAAUGUUUUUCAUUGUUAUGCCGGGCAUGAUCAGCAGAGCUCUAUUCCCAGGACUCCGUGGUCUGAUGAUUGCUGUGAUCAUGGCAGCCUUGAUGAGCUCUCUGACUUCUAUCUUCAACAGCAGCAGCACACUCUUUGCCCUAGAUAUCUGGCAGCGACUUCGCAAGAAGGCAACUGAACAGGAACUCAUGAUUGUUGGAAGGGUGUUUGUGCUGAUUCUUGUUGCCAUCAGCAUCCUCUGGAUCCCCAUCAUCCAGACAGCCAACAGCGGCCAGCUCUUUGACUACAUCCAGUCAAUAACCAGUUACCUAGCGCCACCCAUCACUGCACUUUUCAUCCUAGCAAUCUUCUGCAAGAGGAUCAAUGAGCCUGGUGCUUUUUGGGGCUUGAUGUUUGGACUAGCAGUUGGUUUCAUUCGGAUGGUGUUGGAGUUUAUCUACAGAGUGCCUGCCUGUGGUGAGGAGGACCAAAGGCCAGCUGUGUUGAAGGACUUGCACUAUCUGUAUUUUGCCAUCAUCCUGUGUGUACUCACAGCUGCUGUCAUCAUCUCUGUUAGCUUCUGCACACCACCAGUCCCAGAGGAAAAUCUUGCUCGACUGACGUGGUGGACUAGAUACAGCAAAGCAUCUGAAACAGACCUGAAGAACCACAUUUGUCAAAAUGUCGAGCUGUCUUCCACCAAGGAACAGAAUGAUUUGGCAGCUAAUCCACUGGAGAAUGGAGAUUUAGUAGAUGAAGAAUGUGGAGAGCUGAAGCUUCCUUGCUGGAAGAAAACGUAUUUCUGGUUCUGUGGAAUUUCUGUCAACCCCAAGCCCACUUUAAGCAGAGAGGAGGAAGCAGCCCUUGAAAGGAAGCUGACCAGUAUUACCGAAGAGCCACUGUGGAAAACUGUUUGCAACACUAAUGCUAUAGUUCUCUUGGCUAUUAAUGUCUUCUUAUGGGGCUACUUUGGAUGAGACUGAGCUUCUUAGAAAACUCAAAUGGAUUGGUUGGCAUGAUUUGAUUUAGAACAAACACAGGCACCAACUGAAGGAAA